AUGGAUUCGUGCCCUGUUCCGUUAGGAAAAGCAAAAUCAUGCGAGGAGGCCGUACGUCUGAAGAGGAUCGAGUAUACGCUGCAGUUCUGCAGUCUCACCAUUCUCUAUUUCGACUACCUCCUUACGCUUCCCGACGAAAUCAAGUACAUCUGGUUGAGAAAAUGGAGAUUGUCGACGUUGUUCUACUUUUUCUGCCGAUAUGCGCUGGUCGCCAAUCUGCUGUAUCUGUUGUCGAUAUCAGAGGACUAUACUGGUGUUGAGACUGCUCUUCGCAUCUCGAAAGCUUACUCUUAUCCUUGCAGCUGCGAUACUGGCUACAUGAUUUGCGGUAUCCUGAGUAUCUUUGGGCACAUCGGCAUCCUAGCGGUGUGGUCGCUACGAACGUGCGCCGUCUACAACAAUAACAAAUUCCUCAUGGCCCUCUUUGGCUCCAUGACUGCAAGCUCAGUCAUUCUACUCUGCGUAGGUGCAACGGAUGCUCUGUGGAACAAGAGCUUACGGAUCUCUUUCUUUAUAGAUUCGAGCACCUCAUAUGAAAUGCACCGGGAUGAAAGAUAUGUCAAAGAGUGUGUAUGGGGUUGCGAUCUCAGGUUGGCUGGACCUUAUUCCCUGCUAGUUCUAGGCGCGAACGGUGCCAUCGUACUUGCCCUCGAAAUUCUCGCUUUCCUCCUGGCCACCUUCCGUGUGUGGAAAACCCGGCGCGAAAUCAAACAGAAGACAGAAUCGACGAAGGUCGCUUCGUUGAACGAGAUUAUCUUCUCUCAAGGCAUUCUCUACAUUGGAGGUGUUACGGUCCUCUCGGUUGGCGUCCUCAUCCUCAACUUCAAAGCUAAAACGGGCUUUGUCUCCCGCCUUCUGAACGGCCUCAAGCUACCGUUAUCCGGUUUCCUCACUGCCCGAUUCAUGCUACGCCUACGAGCAUGGAGCGCCAUCGGCUCGCCCAAUCCGCAUUCUGCCACUACUACAGGCACAACCACCGUACCCCCGAUGCAAUUCGGCGAACAGCAUACUUUCAUGGGCGAGUUCAAGGGUGAGCUCGGGGCGCGCUCGACUAGGUUGUCGAGUGAUUUCGAUGAUACGACGACGUGUGGGCGGGACGAGCAGAGAGGCGAGCAGAUGACUGAGCUGCGCCAUCAUCAUCAUGUUGGGAGCAGCAGGGAUAGUUUUGGUGGGCUGUCCUCGUCGCGGUCGUUGACACAGACGAGGAAGCGCGCGAGUGGGAGUGCGGUGGAUCUGGAGGAAGGGGCGUAUUCGCCAAGGCCGGUGUUUGAUACCAAGGGGAAAGGUGUCCAGUCGGCGGAUGAGGGUAAUGAUCAUGAUGAAGGUGAGCCAGCCAAACUGGUUCGUCUUUGA